CCAACCUUGACUCCAAUCCCAUAUCAUCGACCAUCGCAGAGCAAUCACAGGCCCACUCAAGCGAGAUGGCGCGGCAACCGUCCACCGACAUGGACGACGACGACGAGUUGACGGCCGAGAUUCAGGCGCAAGUCGACGAGUGGUCCAGCAACAGCAACGAGUGCCUCACCGUGCAACUCACGCGCCGCGAUGGCUCAAUUGUCGCAUCCUUCCAGCCAGAGUUCACGUACGCCAUGUUUGGCAACGAGGAGGCUAUCUUCGGAUACCAAGACCUACACAUCAUUCUGUCCUUCGUUGCCGACAGCCUCGAACCCAAGCUGGACAUCACGUACGAGAAGAAAUUCCCAUCGCAAGGUGAUGUGAAGCCCACGGACAUCAAACUGGCUCUGAGCGACUUCCUGCCGAGCUCGGCAUUUGGCAGGACGUCGAGCCACAAAAAGGACACGAGUUUCAAGCCGCCAGGCGAGAAGAUACACACUUACACCAGAAAUGGAUCGCGCUUUGAAACAUACUGCGCCAGCUUGGCCGACUCGGCAGCGAGGGAGAUUCUCGAAAACAUGCAGAUCCUCGUGCCUAUGUUUAUCGACGGCGGAAGUACUUUGGAGCUCGAUCAGGACUGGACGGCUGCCAGAUGGAAGUUAUUCUUGGUGUACGAAGUCAGCGAUGCCACAUAUACCUUUGCUGGCUUUGGCACUUCAUAUCGCAACUUCACCUUUCCCGAGCGCAAAAAGGCUGUCCAAUUCGAUCCAUUCUCGCCCUCAUCACAAGCGCUCGAUGCUUUCCUGGCUGUAGAUGGAGGAACGAAUCAGUUUGCACAGCCUGCUGAUUUUGACUCGCCUCUUGACCUACCGUCUCGCGAACGCCUUUCGCAAUUUCUCAUGCUGCCCCCCUGGCAUGGGAAGGGACACGGUCAGGAGCUCUACAAGGCCAUGUUCACGCAUCUCACGAUUCCAGACAGUGUACGCGAAUUCACUGUUGAGGAUCCCAAUGAGAGAUUCGAUGACCUGCGAGACUUUUGCGAUCUGCUCUACUUGCGCGCCAACGUGCCUGAAUUUGCGGAGCUUCGCAUACAGACUGGUAUACCGCCGGAAAAGCUCGAGGCGAGAGCCAACAUCCCCGUGGAGCUCAUCGUACCCGCUGGCGUCAGGAAGGACAUCAUGGCUCGAACAAAGAUCAUGCCGCGUCAAUUUGACAGACUCGUCGAAAUGCAUACCCUCUCGCACAUUCCUCAUCAGCAUCGCACACGCAGUCGAUUGACCAAGAAGAUGAACGCUACCAAUGAUGACGACAAGGCGUACUACCUGUGGCGGCUGUAUGCCAAGCACCGGCUUUACAAUUUCAACAAAGAUCAACUGGCACAGGUCGAGCAUGAGGAACGAGUGGAGAAGGUCGAAUCUGCAUUGGACAGUGUGCAGCAUCAGUACUCGGAGACGAUCGCAAAGGUAGAGGAGCGCGAGAGGGCUAUCGCAGCCGGCGAAAUCGAGACCAGUGAUGAUGUUGCAGCGGAACCGGGAGCUACUAAGCGCAAGCGUUGGACUGUCGUUGAUGACGAAGACGAGGUUAUGGAGGAGACUGAGGCGUCCGGAAAUGGUCAAGCUGAUAGUAAUGGACACAAGAAAAAGGCUCGGGUGACUUGAAUGCUUGCCCGUGUUUUGACAUGAUGUCAGAAGCCGGGAGGAGCGAGGCAAUUCAUGGUGGAAAACGCCUUGCUUAGGCUUGCUGAUAGGAGGUAGGAGGUACUCCAGCCUGCACUGACUACUGCAGUCUGCAGUCUGCAGUGCAGGCAACACAACAUGCUUGCUCCACGCGAGCUGCACCUGCAUGUGCCGAAACUCAAAAGUACAGGACUCUGCCACUCUGCAAAAGUUACUAAGAGGUAUUACGGACCGACAGGCACGCAGCUUGCACUCUAAACGACACCGACCGGAGACGAGCCCCAGAGACAGUGGCAGUCACCAACGAGACGACUGAUCAGUCAUUCACGGUCAGCAGGAUCGGGCCUGGAAAAGUUUGGCCGAUCUCACCCCUAACGCGACUUGAGUGCGUUAUCUGUGAUGAGAUUCACGCACCAGUUCACGCACCAGUAAAUCGGAGAGGAGGGGUUCCUCCAGGGUAACAAUCUCUAGAAUAAAGUAGUGUUGUAGAGAUGCGCGUAUUCAGACUUGCC